GCUACCAAGGGAGGGAAGGGGAGCCGGGGUCUUGGUCGAGGCGGCGACCGUUGGAGAAUUCUGUACCAAGGCUUCCUCGCAGGCUGUAAUCGGCUUACUAUGGUUUCUGAGGAGGUCAAUUCAAAGAAGCAAAGAAAUGAGGAAUGCUUCAUUAACCGUCUCCCAAGAGACCUCAUUGAGCGGGUAUUCUUGAGGCUUCCAGUGAGCACUUUAUUGAUGUGCGUUGGUGUCUGCAAACCCUGGCAAAACUUGAUCUGGGAUCCACAGUUUGUCACAUUACACCUCAAGCAUGCGUCCCGUUUUGCCCUCCUAUUCUUCAGAAAAGAGUCUGUUGCAGGCGAACGCCACCCUAGUGACGCAGUCCUGAUUGAUGAAGCCUGGUCACAGUCGACAUAUGCAGUGCCAGUGGUUGGGCCUGAUGAUAUCCUUUUUGGUUCAUGCAAUGGGCUUCUUGGCUUAUACACAAAGACAUCGUCAAUCAAGAUAGCUAACCUUGCAACUGGUGAAUGCUUGCGUCUCGAGAAACCUGUAAAGAAUCUCAAGGGUGACCACUUCUCGUUUUAUAGCUUUGGAUUUCACCCACUGACAAAAGAAUACAAGAUUACACACUUUCUUGGUGAUUGUGUUGAGGUUUGCCCCCAGAACAAAGACAGAUUCAAUUUCAUUCAAGUUUAUAAACUUGGUGAUGAGACAUGGAAAGAUAUCAGAACUCCAGAAGGCUUAAGCUUGAACUGUGUGAGAAACUCUGGUACAAUCAAUGUUGAUGGAACAAUGUAUUGGCUAACUGAAGAUAUGGCAGCUAACUCGCAGCAUGCUGUUAUGUCUUUUGAUCUUGGUAAAGAAAGUUUUGCACGGAUACAACUGCCAGCAUCAGUACCUGAAGAUUGUGCUUCUGGUGGUCCUCGUCGGUAUUGGAUCAGAGAAAUUGAUGGGAAGGUAAGUAUAGCAACUGCUCAAACUUAUCCUUCUCAGCCCAGAAGACUUGUUGGUGAGCUGCAGAUCUGGGCACUUGACAAUAAAGAGGAGCAAAGGUGGAGCCAGAAAUACAAUAUGCAAGCAAUAGAUUACAUCCCGGGACCAAAUUUGGCUCAUGGGGAAAAGUUGUUGAUGCAAUGCUGUGACGGUAACCUAUAUUCGUAUGAAUUGCUUGCGGAGAACGUCAUGAGUAAAGUGCUUAAGAUGGCGAAGCUGUUAGAUUUCAGCCCCCACAAACCUGACAACAUGCAAUCCUACAUUUGUGUGAAGUCACUUGUACGUUUAGAUGUAUACAAGAAAGCUGGCAUUGUGUGUAGGCCAAAUCAACGGGAUGGCUGGGAAUUGGAGAAGUGGAAGGCGUGGCAGCAGCUGAUCUCUAAGAUGGAAGAAUUGUGGAGCCGUGUUCAUCAAAAGGAGCAUGAGAGUAUUGCAUCUUUACAACAACUCCGCAUACAGCUCAAUGGUCUACUACCACAUGUAUCAGAUGAUUCGAUUCGACAACAAAUAGGCAUGAAAAUUGGUCAAAAGUUUCCAGUCUUUCCAGAUCAACAGCCAAGAUCCCUCCGGCGGCUUAAUUUGGUAGAGCAAAAGCGGGAUAUAGAAGCUUUACAUGCUCGUAUCAACAAGCAUGUGGAGAUUGUCAAGGGUGUGACUCAGGCACUCGGCAGCAUCAGUAGUAUGAUCCAUAGUGUUAUACAGGAUCAGGUGGGUGCAUCAAGUUCAAAUGCUGUCAUUUCCUCUCAGACUCAGAGCGAGGGCGAGGAUGCAGUUGAGACUUGAGAGCUUAUGAUGACAUUCUUCUUAGCUUGCUCGGCCAGCUUUUCGGCUCUUGCUACUUUUAGCUCUUUUACCUGCAAAACAUUGGUUUCUGCGAUGCCAUCUUUGUACGUGAUGUUAUGUUUGUUCUUUAUCUAGAAUUUAUCAUGCUUAUUA